CCGCCACCGCCACCGUCGUCGACGUCGCCGCCACCGACGACGACGCCGCCGCCGCUGCUGUCGCGCUGCUACACCCUCUCGCCGCUACGGUCGCGUGUCUUACCGCGAGCAUGAAGAUUCCGCCUCUCUCAUGACCCAGCAUCGUGAGCGCACAUGUGGACGAGGAUAAAUCACCUUAGCGAGAGUGAUGUCUGAGAGCGACGGAGAGCAUGCAGCUCGCUCGGUGGCCUUAGAGCAAGCCUACGUCCAUGAAGUAUACGAGCAAUGUGCCGAAAAGACCACGCAGAGCAAACACUGGCCGCGGGUGUACCAGUUCCUCCAAGAGCUUGAACCGGGUGCCCUUGUCUGCGACAUCGGCUGCGGCAACGGGAAGUAUCUCAGCGUCAAUCACAGCAUCUUUAAAAUAGGAGUGGACCGAUGCAAGCGUUUCACCGAUAUUGCGCGCGAGAAGGAAAACGAGGUUCUGAUCUGCGAUAAUCUGGCUCUACCGUUCCGCGAAGAGAGCUUCGAUGCGGUGCUGUCGAUCGCUGUGGUGCAUCACUUUGCCACCACGGAGAGGAGAGUACACGCGUUGAAGGAGCUGGCGAGGGUCCUCAGGAUAGGAGGUCGACUCGUCAUAUCCGUCUGGGCUAUGGAACAAAAGCAUAGAAAAUUCGAAUCGCAAGACGUUUUAGUACCAUGGCCCAAAUCGUAUUGCAUGAGCGCUGCGGCGGACGGAGCGAGGGACUCGGACAUCAACGAAAAGCCAGAUGACACCGAUCAGAAACAUCCGUCAUCUUCAAAAAGAAAUAGCCAACGAAAAUGCAAAAGCAAGAGUUAUUGGAUCGAUCCGAUAUUCAGCCUGUCACCAUCUACCAGCAGCCUCUCUAGCCCGAAUGAGACUUGUUAUAGUUGCUUCCGGCGAGCAUUACAGAAAUUAGCGAGGAGCAGGCGCGUAGUUGGCGGUCGCGCAUGGUUUCCCGGAAGUUGGCAGAGUAGUACCAAAAAUCGACGGCAAUACGAUUCCGAGGACGCAACCGACGUGGAUGAGCUGCCGAUCGAGCUGCGCCGCGUGGAAACCACGCACACGCUGACAAUGACGAACAAGCACUCCACAGAUACGUUGAGCAUUAAGUCUAAGAGUCUGGGUGACAUCCUCGAGAUUGAGCGACUUGACCUGGUGCGUUCCCGAUCGAGCAUCCCAGGUUUCUGCUCGACGUCCGAAUUGAUUUUGGACGAGCGAUCGGUCUCAUCGUCAUCGAGCGGCUCGAAGCCGCGACUAGUUAAGCAGAAGUCGUGCGUUGAAGAGACUAGCUUGGAGAAUCCCGAAGACACUGCCAUUGAAAACCUGAUUAAGGAUCUGUCGGACUUCCCCUGCCAACCAUUGCGCAAACGCAGCGUGCCGUUGAAGCAGAGCUCGAUGAACGAGGAACUGAUGUCAGCGGAGCGACUGGAAGAAAAGGAGCAAGUACGCCGGAACAUCAUGAAGCAGGCGUCACUGAAUGAGGAGAUUAUCUGCAAGUGGCGGACGUUCGAAGCGCUCAAGGACUCGAUCAGUCCAGUAAACGCGAGCCGGCGGUUCCAACUGCUGAAGGACGGAUUCGCCAACAAGAUCAAACGUACCACGGCGAACAGUGUAACAGACAAGAUCUCCAUGCCAUCCACCAAGAAUGGUUUUUUUGUACGGAUACUGCAGGGAUGGAAGUCGGCUGAUAACGAAUCAGCGAAUACCGCGGAAGCAACAGCCAAGUCAAAAUCGGCUUCGUCGGACAACAAGGUACAGCCGGUGACGAUGAUAAAGCGUAGCAUCGAGGGUGUCGAGCGCCGCCUAUCGCGCGAGGAUGGCUCGGAUUCGUCCAAAGACAGCAGCUUGCAGAGCGACACCAGCGUGGAUUCCGAGGAUAGCUUCGCGUCAGUGAUCUUUGUGCCGAAACAAGACAUCGUAGUGCCUGCGCCCCCGGCGCCAUCAACAUCGUCGUCGGUGAACGAGGUUUCUUCCACACCGCGUCCUGCGGCGUUACAGCUCGGCACGACGUCGGCACCGCCAUCACCACGUAUCAAGCAGCCAUUGGAUGCCAAUAGCCAAUCCUCAAGAUUCAAACUGAUCGGCAUGUCGUCGUUAACGAAACAACAGCAGCAGCAGUCAAGCAUUGUGAAUACUAACACGAAUACGAGCACGAAUGAGAAUACGAAUACGAAUACGAAUACGAAUAUCAAGACGAAUGCUUGUACGCGUCUUGGCGGCGCGGCCAAAUCCAGUGCGUCGACUGCCGUCCGCAAGGAGACGGCGUUUGGAAGCACGCUGCAGACACCGGCAUCGCGAGGAUUCCGUCUGGUGUCGGAAUCGACGGAACCCAACGCGGAGCCGGACACCGCGCCGCUGAUACGUGCCUUUAACGAUGUCGGGAAGACGAUCAAUCGUGAACCGGUCGUGGCGAACGAGGAUGAGAACCGGAAGGCCAGGCUAAAUCAGAUCAAGGAAUUGCUCAUAGCGAAGCCAGGCUUUGCGACACGCGCUAAACCAUCGUUCCCGUUAGUCAGGCGCGCUUCCACGGCAGCUUCGGGUCGUCUAGAAACCGUCACGAGGAUCCUGCCGCGUUUGCUGUCCUUGGAACUGUUCAAUCCGGAAACCGACGAUCUAGACAGCGACUCCAGUGGCGUGUCGUCGCCAGAAUCGAUAGGCUCGGUGAUCAGCGUCACAUCGGAUGAGAGAUACAUCGCGAGGAAGGAGGCUGAGGGGAAGAAGAGCGCGCAAGCGAACGAGGGAGUCUCCAGAUCUAAUGAGAGUGAUUCCGUAUCGGAGAAGACGAAAGAAUCCGAAAGUACGCGUGAUGAUGAGGAAUCGUGCAGUGUGGAGACCACUACGACGUUUGAGGAUUCGAGUACACUCAUGGAUCCUACGCGCGAUGACUCAUCCACCGGCUUAGAAGACGACGUGUCGCUCACGGAAGCUAAAGUAACGUGUGACGUCCCCCAGGAUGACCUGGGGAAUGAGAUGCACCCUGUGUCACGAGUUCUUCUGGAAAGCGGAAAAUCCAUCACCUCACAAUCUAUGAGGCUCCUGGAGGCCGCCGCCAAUGUCGCGAGCUCGCUGGAGGACGCUGUUGGGACGGUUAUUCAACGUAACACACAAGUGGAACAGUUCCCGCAACUCUCGCAGUUGCCGCAGGCUGUACAACGACGGGAUAACAACGACGAUGCAGUUUGGUCGCGAUCAAAUACUCAUACGCGAGCAUACUUGCAGCAGGAACGCAAAUCGGCCUCAGUGGAUUUGGGCGGCUACGUCAACGAAUCCAGCAGUGAUCUUAUGCGGGAUAUCAAUCGGUACUGCCAGAACUCAUCGUUCGACUUCUUCGAGACCUGUCAGACGUUAGGGACCGCGUCAUCGUCACUUGAUAUUGCGGAUAAUGUCUUCGACGUGGAAUCGAUGGACACCACGGAGUGCUGGGAAGGUUGCGAUCAAGCGCCCAAGGAAACCUCGUGGAUCAUAAACGAAGCAUAUGAUGAUGGCGGAUGCGACAAAGUGGUCCAACCCGAGCUGACACCGAAAUCUAAGUCCUUCUACGGAGAUCAAACCGUACUCGAAUCAGAGUUCGAUCUUAAGCUUAAAAACGACUCCAAGCAUGAAGUCCAGUUUAAAAACCAUUCCGAGACCAAACUCAAGUAUGACGAUACGUUCAGGCUUAACUUUGCGUCCGAGAAAGAAUCGAAAGUUAAAUCCAAUCUUGUAUCCCGACCUAAUUUUGGAUCUAACAGCGAUCUCACAAGCGAUAUCAAGAGACCAUUCACCAAUUCUGCAAACAAGCAUAAUCCCGGAUGCACGCUCAAGCUUAAACCCAACGUCGUCCAAGAGCCGGCGCAUCGCACGAACGCGAUGUCCCCGCAGGUGUUGCGCAGCAAUUCGGAUGACGUGCUGGACUUCGUGAUGGUGUCGAAGACGGGCGAGCUCGAGGACGCGGCGAUGAGCGACUCGAGGAUGCCCGGAAAGUGGCGUUCUUCCCAGGGUGGGUUGUCGAUGGAUUCAAGCGACAUAGGUGACUCCCUGAUAGAGAACACAACGACGAGUCUGAGCGAUGGUAGUCGGGCGGAGUCGACGGCGAGGUUGUUCACCGGCAGCACAGUGUCGUUGGCGUCGAACCUAAAUGCGAACCGGCGCUGCUCGAUCGAGCGACGGAGACUACAGGAACGCGGACGUUCGCUGGAAGAGACGUCGAGCGAGGCGAAGAGACGGGAUGCAGAUUGCCUAGUCACGACCGCGACCACAGACACCCUAAGCAACGCUUCAUCUCAGGAGUCGUUGCCGUCCGACCGCGGCGGAGGCUCCAUCACCUAUCAUCAGUACUACCACGUGUUUCGGGAGGGAGAGCUGGACCAGCUGAUCAACAAGUACGUCGAGAACCUGCAUAUCAUCUCGUCGUACUACGACCACGCCAGUUGGUGCGUCGUCGCGGAGAAAGUGCAGGUCUGGACUAUAUGACUUCGGAUACAGAUCACCGUGUGAAGGAAGUCGCGGCGGAAUAACAUAUGUAAACGGUCGCGUCCGCGGCCACUCACGCGAAGUUGUACCGGGUGUCUCGAUAGGAGAUGUCAGCCAGAUGGGAUCAACUAGGUUCAAAUCUUACGAAAAUUUGCAAUUUGCUUAGUUCCAUCUCAGUCGAGUCGAGAAGAGUUCCUGAAUUCCAUAUCGAACACGGGGCAGCGGACUACACGUCCGAAUUGAAAAUGCACGAUUCCUGAAUCCUUUUUUGAAUGUCUCACGGACUGCACCGUUUAAGCUUUGAAUUAUGAAGAGAGAGAUCGGUUUAGAGACUUGUUUUUGAGGUAAAGGUACUGAUGCUCCUCUUCUUGGGACACGUAAUACAUCCUGGAAGGUGGACUUCAGUGCGCAGGAAGAAAACGGGUCGCUUCGAGUGCGAGUGCGAGGUUUACGGCUCCAAAUCCCUGGAUCUAACAGCGGAUCCAAGGAUCUCAGAAUUCAGGGGUCCAAGAAUCCAAGAAUUUAGCGACUCAGAUUAUUAUGAGACUCAAAAGGAUCUCAUAAUAAUCGGAGUAUCCAAGAUCUAAGAUAAUUGACGAGUUGACUUUUUAACGAUUCGUUCUCGAAAACUCCGCGACGAUCUAUACCGCUGUUAAGAUACCGCUUUGCGCUCGUUAAACAUUUCUUUCGCGUUUGUCUCAUUGUGAGGAGAUCUCUCUGUCCGUGAUGUCAUUGAAGUGAUGUUGAUUCAGUGGAAUAUAGUUGCAAAACUUCUAAGAAAGAGGAUUAACGAUACAAACGAACCAAUAAUUGAAUUGAUAUAUUAUCACUAACAAUAAAUAAGGAUACAUUUUAAUAUUAGUUCAUAAAUGUUUAUCAAUAUCUCUUUUAAUUAAUUCUUACUGAUCACUGCAAGAGAACUUUUCAUUUUUCAUGUCCGACUCUUCCGACUCCGUCUUCACUUCAGUGACUUUUAGGACUGUUCAUCUCACUUAUCGGACUCGCAUAUCUCGGAACAACGAUCGCGGGAAACACUCUUCGAGAGUACGCCGAAGAGAACAUAGAGAAAUAGAAAAAUAGAGACAGAAUACCUGAAGUGUGUUCGUCUUCUCGAAGAGUGAUGCGAUCUGAAUGUGCAUGCGUUAAGCGUACAAAUUCAGAGACGGUAACUAGCUCUCAACCUGUGGAGCGUGUUUUUUAGCUUCUCGAGGAACCGACAAUAUCCGAACGCUUGAACGUAGAUAUAUACCUCGAUAAUGCGAACAUUCCACUUCCAGAAAUGUAUGCAUGCAUACGCUCCACACACGAGUAACACUUACACAGGACACACUACUAGGGUGUCCCUUAUUUGUGGCAAUCCUCAAGCAUAGUGCCUUGCAAUUUGACAUCUAGGAUCCUCGUUGUCAUUAAACUAUCGGCAUCACAAAAUUGGCAAGACACGUGAAACAUGUCGAAUCGAAUACGCGAUAUACAAAAGAAGAAGACAAGAUACUUAUAAUCAGGCACAGACAAAUAAAGGAUAUCCUAAUAAAACAUACACGCAGAAAAACACACACACAUACUCGCGGCAUACGUACGUACGUACAUAUGUGAUACAUAUAUAUUAGGAUAUAAGGAUUCAAGAAUCUGAAAAUUGAAUGCUUAUAUCUUUGGAUUCUUCGCUCUAAGACCUUUAACUUCUUAGAUCUCGGGACUUUUGCGUUGUAGUUCAAUACCGGCCUUCUUCGUUCCUUGAGUGCCCACGUCCUUGGAAAUCCUCAGUUUCCCCACAAGUCGUACUUGAGUCCUUCGAGCCCCGAAAUACGUAGUCGACACGAUCUUUAGAUCUACGGCUCCCUUAGCCCUGAAACACACGAAUCACGAACACUGUUACAUUUGAAGAGUUUAAAAACCGUACACAGUAAGGUAUUCAGUGACUGAGGAUCCAAGGAUCCAAGCAUCCGUUUACAAUACGUAUACUCACACGUCAUAUAGAGAAGGAUAUAAAUGUAAUCUAAGCUUCGUUAUUUUUAUGAUCUCAAUUUUCAUUGUUCGCGAUUAGUAGUUGUUGGACGAGGUUUUUAUCGCGAUACCCUUUAACCGGUAAAAUCGAUGCAACCCCUACGCGCCAUCAGCAUUCCGAGACGUCCCCAAUGAGAUUGUCGAUGAGAACGACAAACGGGCGAGGGGCGACAAAUAUCGCGACAAGUUCGACGAUGCUAAUAAGCGCUUGUAAAUUCUCGCGCGAACUUUCAGGGACAAUCCAGGGACAUCCUGUAUACCAAAAAACAAUGGUCACAGGUAUUUAUCAUAUCGAAUUACUGAAAAUUAUCGGAACGUCUGAAGUAAUAAAAAAUAUUACAUAGAAUUCUCAGCAGGGUGAGUGGAACGAGUUCCACCAAAUUUUUCGCGCACAACAUGUGACACAACGCACUUAGAAAAAAGAAAAGGAAGAAAUACGAUGAACAGUGCGAGUUUUAACUACUGGUUAAAGGGUGAUUCGAUCGUUCGAUCGAUCGAGAGGAACAAAUACCGCUAUUCUGUUUUCAGAGUUGUUCAAUUGGCGUUAAAGACGUUUAACAGGUAGUCGGCGAUAUUCUUUUCUAGUUUAUGGAACUUUCAUUCGCGUAUUCGAUUCGAAGGAGGAAAUGCGUGCGAAAAAGCGCGAGUGCCUGCGUGCAUGCAUGCGCGUGUGUGUGAGUGUUACGUGUAUACGCGAGGGAAUAAAAAGGGAGAGGCGAAAGGAGAGAAUGAAAGGGGGUUAGACCAACGCGGGAGACGCGAAAUCACGAAACAGAUGUAAAUAUGUAAAAUAAAGUGUUCCUGACGUAAACGCACAGAGAAUCGUCAGAAAAUAGUUGAGAAGCGGCAA